GAUCGGCCCAGGAAGAAUGUGUUGGAAAAAAGCAGUACUGCUCGUCCUACAGUCACUCCCAUCACAUCUGAUGAUGAUGACGCUGCGGAAGCAGGUCCAUCAAAAGAAGUCUUGAGCAGCAGAAGGCGGACUUCUGUAACACACCACAAAAUAAAACAUGUUGCAGCAAAGAAAGCAAGGUCUGAUGUCCAGGGCCAACCACAGCAGGCUACCCCGCCACAAAGAUUAUCGACAGUAUGUUCGGUCCCCCCACUCCAAAUUUUGGACACACCUCCAAGAUGCCAACCACACUCCCCUCAUUUUGAUUCUUCUAGUCCUGGUACCAGCAUCCCUACACAACACCAGCAACACAGUGACAUGGAUGAGACAAUUAUGUUAGAAAUGCAGCCAUUAAGCCAAGGAAUCAGCCCCCCAGCACCUGUGAGUACACCACCACAGCAAAGCACACCACCACCACCACCACCACCACCACAACAACACAGCCCAACAACACCAGUAACACAAGGCCCUGAUCAAGUGUUUUGGAACAUUUGGGCUAGACAGCAGGCCACUAAUGAAGAUUGCCUGCGUAGGCAGACACAAAUGUUUGCAAGCCUACCAUCUCACCUCAGAAGAAUCAUCAGAAAUAUGAGUAGACAAAAUGAACAAACCACGAGAAUUGGCAAUACCAUGGAAAUCAUGCGUGCAGACAUUACACAUAUCAUGGGCAACUUACAGCGCAUAAUGGAAGAACAGCACAGACAACAGCAAAGCUAUAUCAACAUUUUAGAAAACAAUCAAAAGAUCAAUGAAUCUAUCUCCAGAAUUGUAGACAAUCAAAAUGCUGCAACACGUGAACUCAAUGCCACCCUCACUAACCUCAAUGAAACACUCAGAUCCCUGCACCAACAGCAACCAAGCAGCAGUUCUGGUACGACUACUCCAAUUAUAACGCCAGUGUCAUCACCAGCAAGGCGCUCCACCAGAGCACGCCAACAUGACAGUGGUAAAGGCAAAGGCCAGGACAAGCAGCCACCCAAAAAAAGUUAAAAUAUAAACCACAACGAUUUCUUUAAAGAGGAGUAAAACAAAAAACUUAGUAAGUGUAUGUUUGUCAGAAUAGAUAUAACACUUAGCUCCUUGACAAUUUGUACAACAUCAUUAAUUAUAACUGGUACAAACAACAGGAAAUUUGUACGCACAUUUAUUCUUUAACAUCUUUGUAUUUUUUUGGAGGAGGAAAAUGUUGUUUGAGCUGCACAUAGAUGUUAGCAUGAAGAAACCAGACCACUUGAUUUUUUUCUAAUCAUUACUCUUUCUAGAUUCCAAUCAUUCUUAUAUCCUGCAGACACACUAAUUGGCAGCCAGGCAGAAUGUCUUUAGCAUGCAGUAACCAGACCACUUGAUUUUUUUCUAAUCAUUACUCUUUCUAGAUUCCAAUCAUUCUUAUAUCCUGCAGACACAAUAAUUGGCAGCCAGGCAGAUUGUCUUUAGCAUGCAGUAACCAGACCACUUGAUUUUUUUCUAAUCAUUACUCUUUCUAGAUUCCAAUCAUUCUUAUAUCCUGCAGACACAAUAAUUGGCAGCCAGGCAGAAUGUCUUUAGCAUGCAGUAACCAGACCACUUGAUUUUUUUCUGAUCAUUACUCUUUCUAGAUUACAAUCAUUCUUAUAGCCUGCAGACACAAUAAUUGGCAGCCAGGCAGAAUCAUCCAUGACCAAUGCAACUUACAAUGUGAAUUAAAACUGUUUUACAUUUCUUCUGUAGACGACUUUACAAGAUAAACACAAUAGAGUUGGGUAAAAGUGUCCUAAUAUGUUGGGGUAAAAUUUUAAAAUUUCAGGCCCAAAAUGAAUGACAUUAUUGUUGUGGUAUGUUUGUGUGUGUUAAAAAUGAGUAAUCAGAUUAAAAAACAUGAGGCAGAACCAACAAAAUGGGAAAUAUUUGACAGUUUAACACUAAUGUGUGUAAUAAUGGAUAUAUGUUGAAAAAUGUGUAUUGACUUACAAAUCUCCAAGUUUACUCCAGCAAACUUAAGGCAAUAAAUUAUUUUGGAUGAGACAA